CCCGCUCGAUUCACUACGGUUUCACUCUUGCCUGCCACCAUGGCCCGGGAACGGGAGCCUCUCCUCCAGAACGGCAAUGCCGCCGCGACCAAGGGCUCCCACGCUCUGAUGCCAUCCCUGGCCAGGUCCGUGCUCAAGUUCCUGUUGUGGGCGGUGUUCCUCACCUGGGCCGCCGGGAUAUUCUUCUACCCCACCAAGCCCGCGCAGGCGGUGUUGGGGCAGUUGACGGGGGGCACCAAGCAGUCUGUGAUCGGCACCACCGACGGAGUUUUUCUAGCCUUCAGCGCGCCGAUUCUGAUCGUUGCAGCUCUAGCCUAUGUGUACAUCUCCGCCUUUCCGGGUGAUCACCUCGAAAAGAAGAAGCUGAGAUCACUGAGUUUCCGUGUCUGGACUUUUCCUGUUCUCGUCGAUGGUCUGUUUGGGGUUGUCUCCGCAGCUGAAUUCAUCGGGAUUGUCCUGUUUAUCCUUUACCUUGUCUUCUCGAUGACCUACUAUAUGCUGGAUAGCGUGAGCUUCGUCUCAUCGUUUCAUGUGCCGGUGGCUAAAAGCUGUGAGUUGAUACUAUCUGUAAUGGGUAUUCGUUUUGGGAUAGUUGGAUUGUUCUGCAUGAGCUUCCUGUUCCUGCCUGUCUCAAGGGGUUCAGUUCUUCUCCGGCUCAUCGAUAUUCCAUUUGAGCAUGCUACUAGAUACCAUGUCUGGCUGGGGCAUCUUACAAUGGCUCUCUUUACACUGCAUGGUUUGUGCUAUGUGAUCUCAUGGUCUUUUGCGGGGCGCCUAAUUGAAGAAAUGAUCCGAUGGAAGGAAAUCGGAGUGGCAAACUUAGCAGGUGUGAUCAGCUUGGCAGCUGGUUUGCUGAUGUGGAUGACAUCGCUUCACCCAGUAAGGCAGAGGUUCUUCGAGCUCUUCUUCUACACCCACCAGCUCUAUGUUGUCUUCGUCGUGUUCCUAGUGCUCCACGUUGGCGACUCCGUUUUCAGCAUCGCGGCCGGCUCCGUCUUCCUAUUCAUGCUCGACCGCUUCCUGAGGUUCUGGCAAUCCAGGGCCAAAGUAGACAUCGUUUCUGCCACCUGCCGCCCCUGUGGAACUAUGGAGCUAGUCUUCUCAAAGCCAGCAAGUCUCCGGUACAAUGCUCUCAGCUUCAUCUUUGUUCAAGUGCGCGAGCUGUCCUUCUUGCAGUGGCACCCGUUCAGCGUAUCCUCCAGCCCCAUGGAUGGGAGGUACCACAUCUCGAUCGUCAUAAAAGCUCUUGGCACAUGGACUGACAAGCUGAAGAGCAUCAUCACCGAUGUCGAGGAGAAGAAGACCAGGAGCGACUGCGACUCUGAUCAGUCACAACACAUAACUGCCUCCAUCGAAGGGCCAUAUGGGCACGAAUCACCCUACCACCUGAUGUACGAAAAUCUCAUCCUGGUGGCAGGAGGAAUCGGCAUAUCGCCGUUCCUGGCGAUUUUGAGUGACAUAAUCCACAGGGUCGAGCAAGGUAUGCCAUGCGAGCCGAGGAAUGUGCUUGUCCUGUGGUCAGUUAAGAAGUCAACGGAGCUUUCUCUCCUGUCGGCCGUUGAUGCUCAGCCCAUCAGCUCAUCCGUCUCUGACAAGUUGCAUCUGAACAUCCAGGCCUUUGUGACACAGGAAAUCGAGCCUCCAUUGGAAGACGGCAUUGUUGAGGGUGACCAGAAGAUCCCCGGCAUAUUCGUCAAGAACGGGGCGGCCAUGUCCGGGCUGGUAGGCACCGGAGACAACUUCUGGGCAGCUAUGUACUUCGUCGCGUCCACCCUGGGCGCCGUGCUUGCAUACGCGCUGGUGCAGGUGUACUACGUGAAGCGCUUCAACGUGCACGCCUGGUGGCACCUGGGCCUCCUGCUCCUGCUGUGCAUGGUCGCCGGUGUCGCCCUCCCUGGAGGGCUCGUCGUCCUCCUCUGGCACCUCUCGGAGAAGCGGAGGAUGCAGAACGACAGGUGGGAAGCCGACGCCGGCGCCAGCUUGGACGGUGCCGAACGGACAAGGAACGGGGUUGGUGGCGCCGACGCCGCCUCCACGGCUAGUCUCGCCGACCUGCAAACGACGCGGUACGGGUGCCGUCCAAAGUUCCAAGGUAACCUGCUUAGCCUGAAACUAUCUUCAGCAUGUGUUGAUGUGUCACGACUCACAUCAAGUCUGGAUUCUUGCAUCCUUCGUCGCAGUGGAAUUCGCGGCGUUUGCGGAGCGGAUCGGGGGCGCAGCGGUGGACGUGGGCGUGCUGGUGUGCGGGCCGUCGGGGCUGCAGACCAGUGUGGCCAGGGAGUGCAGGUCACAGAACCUUCACCGAGGUGGCGGGAAGAGCGGCGCCGUGUUCCAUUUCAACAGCCACAGCUUCGAUUUUUAAGGCGCUUUUGCCCAACCUAGCUAGCUAGCUACUAGUCAGUACAUAGUACAUACUGAUAGUGAUAGUGCACACCGGUUUUCUACACAACUGUAAUUAUGCUGCCCCGUAUAGCUGAUAAUUUGUACAUAUGAGCCAGACGAGUACUGCCAGCCAUGUUGGGAACGCGCGGCGCUUUUAGGGCACUAGUAAAUUUGCACAUUACAAUGCAUGUAUUAACUAAUAUAAAUUUAGUUAAAUAAAAAUCUAGCAUGUUGAGAAACCA